CAUAGGACCACCCCGAGUAGACUUGUGACCCAUCAGCCUGCACAGGAUCCAGCACCACACCGAGGCCUCUCUUCUGCUGUGCCUGUGGGGCGCUCCACUGUCCCGCUGUAGCCAGUCACUGUGGCCUCACGCAGGGCUUGUGCUCAGCUUAACACCUCAGCUCUUCUGCCUUAUGAAUGGCUGUCUGGCCACAUGUUUCCCACUCUGCCCUUGUGCAGUUGGGAGUUCUGGGGUUUCCCGCUUUUGGCUGACAUCUGGUCUCUUGAAAGCCUGUUGAUGUUUGGUCUUGUUACCAGUGGCAUUAGGUAACUUUCCCAGUGUUAUGCAUGUCAGUACACUAAUGAGACUGCUCUUUUACUGGAUGAACCCUUCUCACCUGCCUGCCUAGCUGCCCCCUGUGUGGGGGCACCCCUUGGGUCUUCAGGGCCGACCUAGAAAUCCUUCUAGAGAAAUCUGCCGAGAUCAGUUUUGAUGGAAGCUGAGUCUGUUCAGCAGCCUGCCAUUCAAUCGUCCAACAACAAUUUGUGGGCCUCUCACUCCCUGCCACACCUUCCUUGUGCCAGGUCCCCAUCCCCUGUGAAGUGUGUGAUGCCCGGGAGCUGAAUGGUCCCAAGUGGCACACAGUUGGGGCAUCUGACCCGAUCUGGGAGAAGUGAAGAGGGACAGGCUUCCCGGAGGAAGUGACAUGUAAGUUGGGUUCCGAAGGCUGAGGAGUCAGGCAAAGAGACUGGGGUUGCACGAGGGGCAUUUGAGGCAGACGGAAGAGAAUAUAAAAGGCCCAGAGGCCAGGGGCAGGACUAGGCACAACUGGGGGCACUGCAUGUAAUCCGUUAUGUCUGAAGCUUGGAUUUGGAGGUGGGGGCUGGUGGAGGGAUGGGGCUGGCAACAAUGCCAUUGAACAAGAUCAAGCAUCAACAGGCUUUCAAGAUACCAGAUCUCAAGUCAGUUUGUGAAGGUUUGUUCACAAUCAUGCCAGCUUUCCAGGUCACUGUUCUUUUGAAUGGAGUCCCCUCCUAUUCCAUGCAACUUUGAGACGUUCUGGCCUUCUUUGGGAUUUCAGAGGCUUCCUAGGGCUCUUGUCCCCAUGGCCCUGUAGUUGCCCAUCAGAUCUCUCUUCCCAAACUAGUCAGCAUGGGUGGCAUAAACCCACUUAUGGGAGCCAGGGAUUCAGCUGCAGUUGUGGCAAAAUGCAGCCUGGGUCCAGGAGGUCGACUAGGAGGAAGGGAGCAGCUAUUACUGCCUGCCCAACCCUAGGAAUCCCACCCCUGCCUUCUGCCUCCCAGUCCUGGGCAUGGGUCCAGGCUGAGCCUGAGCCUCUUCCACCAGGACUUCCUGCAGUUACCUCUUUAAGCUGGCGGGUGGCACAGCCAGUGUCUCGACUCAGGGUCUCCAGCCACAUAGCCUGUGCUCUGAGUAAAGCUCGAGGGGAGAAGGUCUAAUGAGUCCUGGGUGCUGGGAUCAGUUUACAGAGCCAGGGAUGGGGAGUUGGGGGAUGGUCUGGGCCUUAGGUCACCUCCCACCCCCCCCCCCCCAGGCAGCCCUGACGUCUCAGCACUGUCACCCCUUCGAUAUGCUCUCUCCCCCAAGCCCCUCCUUUGAGCUCCUCAACUGCCUCCUCACUCAAAGAAGGUGUUCCUGAUUGCUCUGCCAGGUCCCCACCCCCUAUGGCAACAGCUUCCAGGAGAGGGCUGGACCCAUGAUCCCAGCUGUGGCUAUCUGGUUCCUUCCUGGGGACUUUGGCAUCUAUGGGGGGCACGUUCAGUCAUACCAGGAACCCUCCCUCGCCCUGGGGCUGGACCUAUAACCUGUGGCCUCUGACCCUGAAGGCAGCCCCAUUCUGCCUGUACCUGGGGUCACACACAGCUGGACCACAGAGAGAGACCAGAGGGUGGGCGGCAGACAAGGAGGAGGGAGGAGCGACAAGUGAGGAGCUGGCCCCUCUCUUCAGCUUUUCCUUCCCCUGUCCCUGUCCUUCCAAGGCCAGUGAGGUCCCCUCUCCUGCUCUUCAUUCAGUUCUCUGAGAUACCACUGUGUUUGGAGAAUAAUUCUUAUUUUUGGCUCAAGCCAGCUCUAGUUGGUCUCUUUUCCUUGCGACCAAAGAGUAUAUCAAGUACAUAGCAAGAGCUCCAAAUUGGGGGACCACAUAAUUCUUCAUCUUCUUCAACUUUUGAGGCUGAAACACGGCACAGUGAAUAAUUACACUGGGACGACCCAGGCAAAGCAGGCCGCGUGGCCACCCCAUCUGUAAGUUAAAAACACGCAGACCACUUUCAACUCAUUUUGUUCCUCAGGCGAUCCUGGACAGCAUAUAGGGAGGGACGGCCAUUGUCUCCCCGAGACAAAGUCCGUGGCAGUAACGUGGUCCAGGGUGGGGUGGUGGUGGGCUCAGGCCAGACGAGAGGGCUCAGGCCAGAGAGUGACUACAUGUUUCUGCCUGGUUGACCUGCAGCCAGAAAACUGAUUCCAGCUGUGGGAGAAAAGGUCAGGGUUGCAUUUCCCUUCCUUUCUUCCCAUCCUUGAUGGAUGAGAAGCUUGCUCUUUAAAAUGUGGACUCUCCAAGGCCAGGUCGACUGGUGUCUUGCCAAGACUGUGUGGGUGGGACAGUGGGCAGGGACCCGGGGGAAGGAGACCAAGGAGGCCCCAGAAGAGCCCGAGCAGCGAGGUGGAUGAAGGGCCUCAAAAGCUAUAAGUGGCCGCGCCAGGGCCUGUGCCUGGGUCUCUGGCCAUGCUACUCCUUGGGCUGCUGCUGCUGACCGCGCUGGCCGGCGCCCGCCUGCUGUGGAACAAGUGGAAGUACAGAAGCCUCCACCUCCCACCUCUUGCCCCAGGCUUCCUACACCUGCUGCAGCCCAACCUUCCCAUCUAUCUGCUUGGUCUGACUCAGAAACUGGGCCCUGUCUAUAGGCUCCGCCUCGGGCUGCAAGAUGUGGUGGUGCUGAACUCUAAGAGGACCAUUGAGGAGGCCAUGAUCAGGAGAUGGGUGGACUUUGCUGGCAGACCCCAGAUGCCCUCCUAUAAGCUGGUAUCUCAGCCCUACCAGGACCUCUCACUAGGGGACUAUUCCCUGCUCUGGAAGGCUCACAAGAAACUCACCCGCUCAGCCCUGCUGCUGGGCAUCCGCAACUCCAUGGAGCCACUGGUGGAGAAGCUGACCCAGGAGUUCUGUGAGCGCAUGAGAGCCCAGGCCGGCACCCCUGUGGCCAUCCAGAAGGAGUUCUCUUUCCUCACCUGCAGUGUCAUCUGUUGCCUCACCUUUGGAGACAAGGAGGACACCUUAGUACAUGCCUUUCAUGACUGUGUCCAAGAUUUGAUGAAAAGCUGGGAGCACUGGUCCAUCCAAGUUUUGGACAUAGUUCCCUUUCUCAGGUUCUUCCCCAACCCAGGCCUCCGGAGGCUGAAGCAGGCCUUGGAGAACAGGGACCGCAUUGUAGAGAAGCAGCUGAAGCAGCACAAGGACAGCAUGGUGGCAGGCCAGUGGAGGGACAUGACCGACUACAUGCUCCAAGGGAUGGGGAAGCCAAGAGCGGAAAAGGGCCAUGGACGGCUCCUUGAAGGACACGUGCAUAUGUCUGUGGUGGACCUUUUCAUUGGUGGCACUGAGACCACAGCGACCACCCUCUCCUGGGCUGUGGCGUUCUUGCUUCACCACCCUGAGAUUCAGCAGCGACUGCAGGAGGAGCUGGACUGUGAACUGGGCCCUGGGGAUUCAGGCUCCCGAGUCCCACUCAAAGACCCUUCACGGCUGCCCUUGCUCACCGCCACCAUCGCUGAAGUGCUGCGCCUGCGGCCUGUUGUGCCCCUGGCCCUGCCUCACCGCACCACGCGGCAUAGCAGCAUCUUAGGCUACGACAUCCCCGAGGGCACGGUUGUCAUCCCCAACCUGCAAGGCGCCCACUUGGACGACACAGUCUGGGAGCAGCCACAUGAGUUCCGGCCGGAUCGUUUCCUGGUCCCAGGCGCCAGCCCGAGAGUGCUGGCCUUUGGCUGCGGAGCGCGAGUGUGCCUGGGUGAGCCGCUGGCACGCCUUGAGCUCUUUGUGGUGCUGGCGCGGCUGCUCCACGCCUUCACGCUGCUGCCCCCCACGGGCCCGCUGCCCUCUCUGCGACCCAGGUCCCACCGUGGCAUCAACCUCACAAUGCAGCCUUUCCAGGUGCGGCUGCAGCCCCGGGGAGCAGUGGCCCCGGGGCCAAGCCAGCACCAGUGACAGGGCAGGAUGCACGCCGGACACAUGCCUCAGUUUCUCCUUUUAUUACUCCCGUACAAACCCCUUCCCUCCCCCCCUGUAAACAUGGUGCUGUGAGAUCGCUGACGGAGAAGGCUCCCUCCGGUGGCUGGAGAGUGAAGGUGGCCCCUGGCUCUUCUCUCAGCGCGACCCCUCAGUGCUCGGCAGUCAUACUGGGGCGCCGGAGAGGUGAGCAGUGGUCAGCCUUCCCGGGCCGCUGGGGGCCGGUAGCUUCUUGGUCUCAGCUUCAUUUCCGUGAAGGGUACAGAGAACUCGAAGCCUUUCCAGUAGUACCAGCUCACCCCCUGGGCAAGGAGUUGUUGAGACAGAGUCAAAGGCAGACAUCCCAUUGGCUGCCACCACCCCCUUCUCCGCCCCCCCCCCCCCCCCCCGCCCCUCCGGGGAGAUGGUUCCCAGAAGUCAAUCGCCCUUCCUCUCCCCCACCCGCUUCAAUGAUCCUCAACCGCAAAGACUGAGGCUUAAUCUGGGCUGGCCCUUCACACCCAAUAAAGCGUGCUCAUUUCCCCCUUCAGAUAA